UCCUUAUCGACGUAGCCCGAAAUGGAGUGCCUGUCCCUCGGCGCCGGGAGGGCGGAGCAGACGACGACGGCGACAAGCAGAACGCAGACGAAGGCGGUCGAGGCUCUCAUGGUUCCUCGGAGGCGACGGGAGGGCGGAGCAGACGACGACGGCGACAAGCAGAACGCAGGCGAAGGCGGUCGAGGCUCUCAUGGUUCCUCGGAGGCGACGGGAGGGCGGAGCAGACGACGACGGCGACAAGCAGAACGCAGGCGAAGGCGGUCGAGGCUCUCAUGGUUCCUCGGAGGCGACGGGAGGGCGGAGCAGACGACGACGGCGACAAGCAGAACGCAGACGAAGGCGGUCGAGGCUCUCAUGGUUCCUCGGAGGCGACGGGAGGGCGGAGCAGACGACGACGGCGACAAGCAGAACGCAGGCGAAGGCGGUCGAGGCUCUCAUGGUUCCUCGGAGGCGACGGGAGGGCGGAGCAGACGACGACGGCGACAAGCAGAACGCAGGCGAAGGCGGUCGAGGCUCUCAUGGUUCCUCGGAGGCGACGGGAGGGCGGAGCAGACGACGACGGCGACAAGCAGAACGCAGACGAAGGCGGUCGAGGCUCUCAUGGUUCCUCGGAGGCGACGGGAGGGCGGAGCAGACGACGACGGCGACAAGCAGAACGCAGACGAAGGCGGUCGAGGCUCUCAUGGUUCCUCGGAGGCGACGGGAGGGCGGAGCAGACGACGACGGCGACAAGCAGAACGCAGACGAAGGCGGUCGAGGCUCUCAUGGUUCCUCGGAGGCGACGGGACGGGCGGCCAGGAAUCCGAAGUCGGGGCGAGAUCGAGUGGUGUGGACAGGCGAAGGUCCGGCGCUUUUAGAGGACGAGUCGGGGCGCAAGUCGUCGUUCAGUUACCAAGUCAAGAAUGA